UCCAGUCCAAACCCCCAGAAAAGCCGUGCUGAAUCCUCACACCGUCUGUCAGCAUGGGGAGCGCUUGUUUUUCUCGGGACUUUUGUUUGUUCAUCCUCCUCAUAAAUACUUGCGGGGUGAUGGGGAAUGCCGGACUGGCAGAUGUAGAUGAGUGCGCAGAGGACUCAGACGACUGCCACAUCGACGCCCUCUGCCAGAACACAGCCAAAUCCUACAACUGCAUCUGCAAGCCUGGAUACAAGGGAGAUGGGAAACAGUGCGAGGACAUGGACGAAUGUGAGAAUGACUACAAUGGGGGCUGUGUCCACGAAUGCAUCAACAUACCAGGCAACUACAGGUGCAUGUGCUACGAUGGAUUCAUGCUGGCCCACGAUGGACACAACUGUCUGGAUGUGGAUGAGUGUCUGGACAACAACGGUGGAUGCCAGCAAGUGUGUGUUAACACCAUGGGGAGCUAUGAGUGUAUGUGCACAGAGGGCUUCUUCCUCAGUGACAACCAGCAUACCUGCAUCCACCGCUCUGACG